UUCCUCUCUAAGACAAUAUAAGAAUUUUAUUCUUUCUCAGGUUUUUGGAUGUCCUUUACAUCUCUGCACACCAGAUACUAAGGGUGAGGAUCUUGGUGAUGGACUCAAGUACAGACAGGAAGGCAGAGACAGUGUGUAUGAGACAUCUAAUGAUACUGAUGCUAAUCCUUUUCUCGCCGAUCUGGGGUGAGACGGUAAACAGCGAUGAUGGGAGGCCAUCCUGCAGUCGCUGUGACCUGCAUCUCUGCUGUAACUGCUCCUACAAUGGAUUCACCAGCAUUCCUGUGGUGACAGACCAAGCUCUGAUCCUCAAUCUCUCCUUCAACAACAUCAGCAUGGUGACCCAAGAUGACCUGACAGGACACGUCCGACUGAGGGUUCUGGAUCUCCACGGUAACAGAUUAGCUGCGAUCCAUCCAACAGCGUUCGACUCUCUUUGGAGCCUAGAGGAGCUGGACCUCUCUGACAACCUUCUGACGGUUCUCAACCAUAGAUGGUUCAGCAAGCUGGAGAUUUUGCUGCAGCUCAAUCUGCUCAACAACCCGUACAGCGCGCUCGGUUCUCCACCAUUGUUUCUCGGACUCGUCAGACUGAGAAGGCUGAUGUUUGGAGGUCCAGAUCUUAAGGAGCUGAGGAAAGAAGAUCUUUCAGGAGUAACCAACCUCGAUGAGCUUACAGUGCACGGCAGCAACCUGGCCAGGUAUGACUCUGGUACUUUUGGGAACAUUUGGCCUCUGGGUAGUGUCAUCCUAAGCCUUUAUGGUCCAUUAUUAACACAACCCAUGAUGGCUGCAGCUCUGCUUGAUGACGUGUGUAACCCUGAAACUCAGAUAACUCUGCUGGACAUUCAUUUGAAAGAGUCUUUCUCCAUUCAGCCUUUCAAAGAGUCAAUCAGGAGGAUCAGAAAUCUGUCUGUCCAUAACCUUUUGAUCUCUGAUGAAGCAACUGUCUCCCUAAUGGCACUGAUAGAUGGAGUCCCGCUGAGAUCCCUCUCCAUAGUGGGUUUAACUCUGACAGGCGAGGGCAGGUGGAUACCAGCUAAUUGGACAGAUCUAAGAAGCAUGGACGAGUUCUCCGUCAGUGAUGUCACAAUUUUGGAUGUUUUGAAGUUUGCCAUGACAGUAGAGCUAAAGUUUCUGUUUCAAUACCAGAAGAAAAUAUCCUUCAUAAACUCAAAGAUGUUCUUGUUAUCCUGUUACCUUACCAAACUGAUGGUGAACACACAAUACUUGGAUGUGUCCGACAACCUCCUGACGGACCUGACUCUGUCUUACAUGGAGUGUGACGACGUAGAAACACUCCAGAAGCUCCGAGUUUUAAACAUAAGUGGAAACCCUCUAAAGUCUUUGUCCGCAUUGAGCCAUCUGGCCAUGAAGCUCACAAGACUAACCCACCUGGAGGUUAGCAGAACCGGCUACAGCUCCAUGCCCCCCAGCUGCUCUUGGCCGUCCACCCUGAGGUACCUCAACAUCUCCAGGGCUAAGCUAACCACCACCACCCUGUGUCUACCAAAAUCUCUGCAGGUGUUGGAUCUCAGCUAUAAUGAGCUCAAAGAAUUUGUGUUGGUACUGCCAUUUCUGAGAGAACUCCACCUCUCUGGGAACAAGUUCCUGAGGUUACCACCAGGGGGGAGCUACCCCAAUCUGCAAACACUUACAAUACAGUCAAACACCUUGAACAUAUUUGGCCUCUCAGACCUUCAGUCAUACAGACGACUCGAGAACCUGGAGGCGGGUUAUAACAAGUUUGUCUGCUCCUGUGAAUUCGUCACCUUCCUACGAUCACAACUUGUGGGAAGUGGAGAUAUCAAAAUAAAAGACGGGAAGCAUAGCUAUGUUUGUGACUCCCCUCUCUACCUGCAGGGGGUGGCAGUGGGUCAAGUUAACCUUUCUAUUAUCCAGUGCCAGUCAGUGUUGUUCGUAUCUGUCAGCUGUGGGGUGGCCCUUUUUCUUGGGAUGCUGCUUUCUGUCCUUCUCUGGCGAUGCCACACCUUCUGGUAUCUGAAGAUGACUUGGGCGUGGCUCAAGGCCAAGAGAGAAUCCCAACAACGCCGGCGACAAAGAAACAUGGAGGGAUCAGAACCAUUGUUGUCCUAUGAUGCAUUUGUUUCCUACAGUGAAAGAGAUGCUAGCUGGGUGGAAAACUUUCUGGUACCUGAGAUGGAGGAGCAAAGUGAUACAGACUCAGUGAAUCCAACAUCCCCAUUGACUCUCUGUCUCCACAAGCGGGACUUUCUUCCUGGACACUGGAUCAUGGACAACAUAAUGACUGCCAUUGAGCGCAGCCGUCGUGCUGUCUUUGUCCUCUCUGAGAACUUUGUCCAGUCUGACUGGUGCCGCUAUGAGCUGGACUUCUCCCACUUCUGGCUCUUUGAAGCCGGUGGAGAUGCUGCCAUCUUGAUCCUGCUGGAGCCCUUGUCCAAGGACGCCAUCCCCAAACGUUUCUGCAAACUCCGCAAACUCAUGAGCUCCACAACCUACCUGGAGUGGCCCCAGGAGGAGGACAGGAGGCCAGAGUUCUGGAGGAGUCUGCGCAAUGCUCUGAAAAGAGACGAUGAGCAAGAGAACUGACAGAUAAAGAACUGCAAAGAGAAGAGGAAGAACUUUUAACUACCAUAAGAGACAGUAGAUCUGAUUAAGACCAAGCCUGGUUGUAACUUGUGGGUUGGCACUGAUUUCAUAUAAUAACCACGUAUUAUAAAAUCAAUGCAGGUCAUAUUUGACCUUUAA